AUGAUGUUUCUGAAACCCGCCAACCUGUGGGCGCUUCUCUGCCUGGCCUUGGCCUUUCAGCUGGCUGCCGCCCAGAGCCUCGAGCGUCUGCAGAGACGAGACGAUGGCCCGUCUGCGACGCCAGCACCGGCGCGAAAGUCCGAGGCCACGAGCGCUCCGACCGAGUUCUCUGAGAAAUCCAUCGAGGCCGAUCCAUCCGCUUCGCCGUCGGCAACAAAGGGUCCGACGGAAACUGCCAGCUCCACCUCCGCAUCCUCGACGCAAACCCUAACUGCUAAAGCCGGUGGCUCGUCGGAUAAUUCCACCGGCUUCUUGAAUGCGACCAUACCCACCGGCCAGCUUCCCCUGGCGCCCCAGCUGACCCCCGGAUGGGGCGUGGCCGGAACCAUCAUGUUCAUCUCCGGCCUCGCCUACUCUCUCGUCGGCAUCAAAAGUCGAUGGAUUCACACCUUCUUCUCCACCGCCUACCUCACCUCACUCGGUGUCGCCGUCCUGAUUGUUUAUGUCAUGAGCGUCCCCGUCGGCGAUGCCGUCCAAGGCGGAUACGUCGUCGCCGUCGUCAUGGCCGGCACUCUCGUCGGUGCAGCCUCCAUGUUCUUCAAAGAGUUGACCGAGGGGCUGGGAUGCGCCCUCGGUGGAUUCUGCAUGAGCAUGUGGCUGCUCUGCUUAGUUGACGGCGGUCUCUUUCACACCGUCCCGCCCAAGGUCAUCUUCAUCUCCUGCUUCACCCUCGUCGGCUUCGCCUUCUACUUCAGUCGCUGGACUCGAGACUGGGGCCUCAUCGUCAUGAUAUCCUUCUCUGGUGCCACCGUCACCGUCCUCGGCAUCGACUGCUUCAGCCGCGCAGGCCUCAAGGAGUUUUGGGCCUACGUCUGGAAUAUCAACGGGAAUCUCUUCCCCCUCGGAGCCGACACCUAUCCCGUGACCAAGGGCAUUCGAGUCGAAACAGCAGCCAUAUUCAUCUUCUUCCUCAUCGGAAUCGUCUCGCAGAUCAAGCUGUGGAAGAUUAUCCGGGAGAAACGCCACCAGAAGGCGCUGGAGCGGGCCGAGGACCGAAGAAUCCUUGAUCACGAAGAAGCCAACGUCGGCCUCCAGGUGGAGGAGGCGAAUGCCCGCGAGCGUCGCCACUGGGAGCGAGUCUACGGAGAGGGCACCAUCGGCAGUCGUGACUCUCGUUUGUCCGAAUUUGGCGACAUUGGAAGCGAGAAGAGAUUGCGAGAGAGCCACGGCUCGUACAAGCACCGCUCGUCCGUCGAGGCAUACGAGAUGGCAGCCAUCACCGAGUCGAACCAACUACGCACCAAGCCGAGCGCCCUCAUGGAGGCCGAAGAAGUCGACCAAGGCAAGAUCACCGUCCGAGUUGCCGCCGACGACAUCCCCGACUCCCCCACGGCCGUCGACGGUGAGGUGGAUGAGAAGCUGGCUGUCCUAAACGACAAUGAUGCCACGUACCCGGAGGGUGACCAGCGCAUUUCGGACAACGUGGCGACGAGCCAUCGCGCUUUGCAGGCCAAGAGGAUGACAGCCGUGCCCUCGGUCGUGCCGCUCCCCUUUCACGUGCCGCAGGAUGCCGAAGGAUACGCUCAAGACGAAGACCGGUCUUCCAUUGCGACGUACGCGGAUGACAACGCUGCCGAGGCCUCUGCUCCGUCCAACCGGAAGCAACAAUCUCGCGCGAGCCGCUUCUCGCACCAUUCCGUGACGAUGAAUCGUGAGGUGGAAGAUCGACCAAUCUCGGAAGUAUUUUUCAAUGCCAAGUCGCAUCGCUACGACGAGGACAACGGCUCUCUCGCCGCCACCGUCGACAAUGAGAGUAUCAGCGAUGAUGACCGAUCCUCCGUUCUCACCCUCGAAGCCCGUCAGAGCAUCGUGAUGGACGUAGGGCUCCCUAAUGGGGAGACGCCGAAUGCCGUCCAGCAGGAAAACGACGAGGGAGUGUUGCGACCAGAAUCCAUGACCGCCCCUCCCUUGAACUAUGCCCCCCAAGAUGCGGUACUCUCCGAGGACGACAAGUCGGCUGCGACGGCAACUCCUGCGAUGCGAAGCCGGGCCGCUUCCCCGGUUGAGGCUGGCGCCGAGGUCGACGACAUGGCAAAGUCGAUUGCGUCAGGCUCGUCGACGCCCAUCAACCUGAAGAAGGCUCGACUGCCUCAUUCGCUUUCCCGCGUUGCCAUGUCGUACCGGACGAACGAAUGGGCCAAGCACCUGAGCUAUGCAGACACGCCCGAGCCGGAUGUGGUGAGAAUCGAGGAACCGGCGCGCCCUGCCAAGGCGGCCAUCAAGGAAAUGCCAGUCCCUGUUGACGUUGCCGAACUUCAAAAGACCGCUCAGGACGGGAUGCCGUCCCCUGCUCUCAGGCGGUCCGCCUCCCAAGCUUCGAAUACGUCCUUUGUCACGACUGCCUCUAGGCGUCUUUCGAAACGUCAAGAUGGCUCUCCCGCGUACUACACCCAGGAGCAGGCUUUCCAAGACGUCGACCUACACCGGAGCCCGAGCACUGCAUCGUUUGCUGCGGUCUCGCCAGUCCCGCCAGUCCCCCCGAUCCCGGCAAACGCUGGCGGACCACUCUCUCGAUCGGUAUCAUCUGCUGUGCGGAGGCCGUCGGCAGCGUUCGAGCCCAUCGUCGAGGAACAUGGUCUCGCAAAGGCGGCCGAGGACGCGGCAACACGGGAAACGAACCCGCGCGCUUCUAUCCCGGGCGUCGUUUCAUACGACAGCCCGCAAACGCUCAUCGGCCAGCGCGACAUCAUCCUUCGAAGCAAAUCACAGGGCAACCUCCUGGUUUCGCCCGAGCCCACCGUCGAACCCGCCAGCGAAGCGGUCCCUCACUACAAUUAUUCUACGUAUGCGGCCUUGCUAGGGGCUCCCGACCCCGAUGAUGUACCUCUUCGCCAGCGACAGGAAAUCAUGCGUCACAACAGCAUCCUGUCCCUUUCGCAGGCAAACAGAUCAUCCACACGGUUGGUCGGCGCUGCUCAGGAGAGCCCGGAGAACAUCUACUUCAACUCUCACCAGCCAAGUCGGGUCUCGAUGCUGCCGACCCCAGCCGUGCGCGAUGCGCAGCUCGCCAACUUUCGUCAAUCCGUCCAGGAGGACCUUCGCUCGGGAACGCCCCUCGUCACCUCACCGUCGCGGGAAACCCACUUUACCGUCGCGUCGCUGCUUGCGAACCGAGAGACGGAGGUCCAACGCAAUAUUGACAUGCAGCGAACCGUGCUUAUGGGUCAGAAAGAGGCAGAGGCCCAGAGGAAGGAGAUGCAACGGCGGGAGAAGGAAUACGCCGACCGAGCCUUUGACGAGAAAAUGAGGACAGGGGAAAUGCUCGACGCGCACCGCGAGGCGAUGCGCAAGAUGCAGCAGGGCGUCCCCCAUCGUUGA